CUUUGCUUCAGAUUUCCACGGAGUGGACCUAUAAAAGGUCACCGGGAGCACCGGGAUGGUCACUGCAGUCGACUACAGUCGUGUCUGUGUCAUCGGUGCCCUACAAAGCAAAAAACAACAAAGAUCAGAAUGGCUUUCGCAGGUGUACUGAGUGAUGCUGACAUCACCAAAGCCCUGGAUGAGUGCAAAGGCGCGGACACUUUCGACUACAAGAAGUUCUUCAAGACGUGCGGUUUGGCCGGCAAAUCCGCUGAUGAGGUCAAGAAGGCCUUCGCCAUCAUCGAUCAGGACAAGAGCGGCUUCAUUGAGGAGGAUGAGCUGAAGCUGUUCCUGCAGAACUUCAGUGCAGGUGCUCGCGUGCUGUCUGACGGGGAGACAACAACUUUCCUCAAAGCUGGUGACAGCGAUGGUGAUGGCAAGAUUGGUGCUGAUGAAUUCGCUGCCUUGGUUAAGGCAUAAGACAGCAACUGACCAAGAACACCUGCUCUGAUGGAACAACAAACUUACUCCUCCCUUUCAUCUGAUUAUAAAUGAUUUUUAUACAUUUGCUUAAGGGACAUUUUCUCCAUAUGCAACCCACUGUCCAAAACAUGAUGAUUGUGAAUGUUGCUCGGUUGUGUUCAUGUCUUAAAUAUGAAUUUUGCUUAUUGUAAAAUCUAUGAUGCACUUUCCAGGAAGUAAAGGUAAAAGAACAAUACAUUUUCCAUUGCUAUAGU